AUGAAUCGCUCGUUGUUGCUCUUGCUUGCUGCGACCUUUUGGGCUAUGGUCACGACAGCGUUCGGGAUUCGAGGCUCUGCAGAGCGAGCUGUAUAUUAUGCGAUAUACAUUGCUGAAGAAAUUCUCCCCGAGGGAGAUAUGAAAUUUGCCGCGAGCUGCAAAGGGAGUCGCAAAGGUCUCGGCGGUCAGGCAGGCAGGUGCUACCUUUCCGAGUUCUUGGCAUGGAUUGACCGCAAGGACGUCAAGAAGAUCAACUACGACGCUGUAAUGAUUGGUAGCUCGACAACAGAAAUUGGUAAACUGAAAGGAGACUGGGGUAUAAUGGCAGGCAUGUUCCGGGACGACAUUGGGGCGGAGAAGCGAGUGGAAAUAAUUGUCGACUGCAUCGAAGGGUCGGAGUUGAGAGAGGUUAAGAAAGUGAAUCCUCCAAGCGAGAAUGUCCCCCGCUCGUCCAGGCAAUGGGUCGACUGGCUCGCUGCAAAUCCAGAUUGGAAGGAAGGAAUGAAAACUGGAGAACCGUACACCAAAGCAGUCGUGGUUCAAGACAAAGGGGGGGUCAAAGUCAUCCCGUCGGCGAUCAAACCAAAGCCAUUCAGGGGCAACCUCAACUACGAGCACAUUGACGGCAUUGCAAGGGAUGACAGUCCGGCAAAGUAUCAGGAAUUCGUCAAAACUCUAUCUUACUACCAACGGCGACUCAACACAGCGUUUGAGGCUUCCACCGAUGAUACGAAAGAGAAGUUCAAGACCUGGUUUACGACGAUGACAGUGGCAACGGACCGAGUGAUUGAGAUGCGAAAAGGGGACCACUUCAAGAAUGUUUUGCAUGGAAGACCGAAAGAUGCUCGCAGUCCUAGCUUGAGGAAAAUAUUCGGAACAGAUCUUCAGACAGAUGUGAUCAAAGGGUCAUGGGAGAGCUGGGAAGCGCCGAAGCGACAAGCGACUACCGAGGCGGCCGUCAAGUCGGGCAGAUUCAAAACGCUGGCCGAGGCAGAGGAGGCUUUUGAUAAACUCGCGUCCUCACCAAAAAGCAUUGAGCACAUCAAUGUCUUCACCAAUUGGUCAGACACGAGGGGCCGCUACCAAGGCACGGCCGCGGCAUCGGUCAGAAGGUGCCCUUGA